AUGGCACUACGACUCGCGACGCGGCGCCUCGCCGCCCCCAUGGUCUUCCGCCGCGGCAUGGCCACCACCAUCGAGCACACCAAAGGCGAACCCCUCAGCACCGUGAGCGAAUUGACCUCAGCCUCGCGCCCACCAGAGCCCGCGUCCAAGACCAGCAACAUCCCCGACCCGAGCCCUUCGCAGCAGGCGAAGAUGAAGACCUUCCACAUCUACCGCUGGAACCCCGAUGAGCCCACGUCGAAGCCGAAGAUGCAGAGCUAUUCGCUGGAUCUGAACAAGACGGGGCCGAUGAUGCUGGAUGCGUUGAUUAGGAUCAAGAAUGAGGUGGAUCCGACCUUGACGUUCAGGCGGAGUUGUCGAGAGGGGAUCUGUGGAAGCUGCGCUAUGAACAUUGAUGGGGUGAAUACGCUGGCUUGUUUGUGCCGCAUCCCGACAGAGACCGCCAAAGAGUCACGCAUCUACCCGUUGCCACACACCUAUGUCGUCAAGGACUUGGUGCCGGACCUCACGCAAUUCUACAAGCAGUACAAGUCCAUCAAGCCUUAUCUACAGCGCGACACGCCACCUCCAGAUGGCCGCGAGAACCGCCAAUCCCGCACCGACCGCGCCAAGCUCGACGGCCUCUACGAAUGCAUCCUCUGCGCGUGCUGCAGCACAUCCUGCCCAUCGUACUGGUGGAACUCGGAGGAGUACCUCGGACCCGCCGUCUUGCUCCAGUCAUACCGAUGGAUCGCCGAUUCGAGAGACGAGAGGACCGCGCAGCGCAAGGACGCGCUGAACAACAGCAUGAGCUUGUACCGAUGCCACACGAUCCUGAACUGCUCGCGAACGUGUCCAAAGGGUCUGAACCCGGCGCUGGCGAUUGCGGAGAUCAAGAAGAGUCUGGCUUUUGCCGGUUGA